AUGACCAUUCAGCGAAAAGACAUUGCGGAUGCCCGCGUUGUUCCUGCCAACAACGCCAAGAAUGACGGACGUGCUCCAAACGACGCUGCAAUUUCUAACUCACGACUCGGCCCGGAGAGGAGCUUAAAGGCCUGGGUCCCCGAUGCGGGUUACGAAGUUGAUGGGUCGCUGGAGAAACCCAGCGCUGGCGGCGCCUGGGAUCAAUUCGCCGAGAACGAGCGCCUGUUUGGCCUGAAGACGGACUACGACGAAAAUAUCUACACCACCGCCAUUGACAAGAGCCACCCCCAGUAUAAGGAACGGUUGGCGGCUGCCGAGAGAAAGGCGCGUGAGAUUGAACGGACCCUUCCCACCACCUCGCAUGUUGCCGAGGAGCGUGUGAUGGACUUCGUUGGUGGUGAGGACCAAAGAGAUGAAGAAGACAAGUACAGCGGCGUACGCCGUCAGGACUUCCCACCGUUGGCGACCAGGGACAACAAGUACACACCGCCAGCCCGGCGCGCGCCCACCGGUCAGGCGACCGUAAAGGGUGUUCCAGUUGAUCCUGCUAUCAUCUCGUCACAACUUAAGAGCACUCCUACCCCGAAGCCCACGCAGACACCAAAAACGACCGAGCCGAAGAGCCAAGUCGCCGCGGAAAAGCCGGCCACCCCGGUCUCGGACAAGCCGGCGGAGUCUAAGGCAGGCGCGGCCGCAGGCGCGGCCGCAGCCACAGGCAAAGCGCCUGAGAGCAAGGCGGAGACGACUUCGGAUGCGAAGGCAGCGGAUGCCAAAGAUGGCACCGCCGCCCGGCCCGCCGCAACCACCAGCCGUGGUGCGUCAAAGGUUGGCCCUGUCCCCGGCGCAACUGCGAAUGUUGAGCGCGACGUGCUGUCCUCGUUCCGAAAUUUUGCGACCACCCAGAGGUUCAUGGCCGAGAAAGUCAGGACCACAAGGGCCAAGGCCGACAAAGAGGUCAAGCUGACGGAGCUGAAGAAAUUCGCAGAGAAUUUCAAGCUCUUCACCCCCGUCCCCAAGGACCUGAUUUCUAUCAUUGCCAAAGAUCCGGCCAAGCAGAAGCAGAUUCAGGACAAGGCGAAGCAUAACAUGGACGAGCUAGCCAAGCAGAAGGAGGUGGCCACCCAGGAUAAGGAAAUGACCACUUCGAAGGACACCCAGGGCAAAGCGAGCGCCGAACAAUCCGGCGCCUCAACACCUGCGGCAACGGCCGAUGCCGCGCGCGGGAGCUCCCGUCCAGCUGCGCCGCAACAUUCCGGUUCGGCAGGCGGAGUCCCUGGCCGUCAUCAGGGCAACCGCUCUUCGUACAACCCCCAGCCUCAUUAUCAGUACAACAGAAACAACCGACCGCCGCCUCAUAUGGCCCCUCAAAGUCAGACGACGGGCAACCUGGCGCAGCGGCUUCGCAACGUGGAGCAACAAAAAAUGCAGCACCCUCAUAUGGGCCAGCAUCCCCCGCCGGAUAUGCGCCUACCCCCCACCGGCCCGGCCAACAGCGUCGACCCAGGGUUCAACCGCCGCAUGAACGCUGCUCCGCCGCCCUUCAUGGGCCCCAAGUUGAACCCGAACAGCCACGAGUUCCGACCCAACGCGUUUGCGCAGCCCUUCAACCCCGCCGUUCCCAGUUCGGGCUCCUCCCCUCGCUCGUCCGUGAACAACAUUGCCGAGGCAGCUGUCCCUCCGGUCCCCAUCAAAGGGCAGCUUAUCCGGCGGAAGACAAGAGCGGUGGACGUCAAGAAAUGCUUCAUACUAUCGCACAUCGAGACGAUCCAGCCGCCGCAGGGCCGGAACUGGGAUGACAAUGAUGGCCUCAAGCCGUCUUUUGACACGCUCCCGACCUGGCGGCAGCUCCAGGAGGAGACAGAAGCGCCGGACUCGACCAUGCAUCUGACCUACAAGCAGUACUUUGAGCGCCUGCCCCUCUCGAACACCGCCGUCGCCACACCCAACCCCACGCACGCCAUGCCCCAGAUGCACGCCGGCCAGCACGGUCCUGCCCCCCAUGUGCCGUUCAGCAACCCGGAUGAUCAUAGGAUGAUGCAUUCCAACUCGGCGCAGUCCUUCGCGUCCCCUAGGAUGGGACCGGUGCCCAUGGCGUAUCCCCCGACGGUGAAUCCCCAGGGGCAGAUGCCCUACGGCCAGCCGGUGAUGCAGCCGUACAUGAACGGUCUCAGAUGGGGGUUUAUGGGCCCCAACGGAAUGGUGACAGCGGGACCGAUGUAUCCCGGGGCUCAACCUCACUUUAUUCCCGCCGGCGCAGGGCCUCCGCAGCCGGUCCCCGGGUCCAACGGGUUCCCCAGCCCGGGACGACCGACCGCACCGAUGAUGGUGCACCAGGGUUCGCAUCAGGGAUCACACCAGGGCCAGCAGGCCGUGUAUGGUAUGAGUCCCGGGAUGCCGUACCAGCAACCGGCCUACACGCCGCAGCAGCCCCAGGGCAAGUUCUCGGGCCAACGGCCGCAGUGA